AAAAGCCCCUGCUUAUUGUCAUCUGCGACGGUGCUUCCUAGAAGGAGAAACGCUCUUAGUCACCUCGCGAUGAUGGUCUAAUCAAGUCUCCUAGAGUGAUCUGUAUCCUUGGCAUCCUAAUUAUGCUCCCCAGAGAUGCGCUAGUCCCUGUAUAAUAAUAAUGGCGGAUGACGGCAUGUCCAUUAUUCCCUAUCACUCUUCACCCCAGCUGGACGUCGUGCUGCGCCACAAUGAUUCAGUCGUGGUUCUCGAUCGGGACUCCCAGCAGUUAGUCUUGCAGAACACUGCUCACAGCGAUGGCAACCUGGAGUUGGCGGACUGCCCUUACUGUCAUCGCCCCAUGCACGAUGGCUCUAGACGGGAAUCUCACCAUGCUGGCUCUGGAGUCCAGGCUGAGUUCGUGAACCCGAACUAUUUCCGCAUGCUUCAUAAUAGCCUGCCUAGCUCACCCCAAUCAUCGUGUUCUCACUCCCCUCAUCGUCGUCUUGCCCAGUCAGCAAUCGGAGAUGGUUCAACAGGAGAUUUAGGUCGUCCGGGAGACGGCCCUUCUACACAUGGGAUAUCGUCCGCGGCCUUUAGCCAAAAUUACUUCAAGAAAUUCUUCGUUGAAGAAAGCGAGCUAGGGAAAGGAGGAAAAGGGGUGGUGUUACUUGUCAGGCAUGUUUUGGAUGGUGUCUCACUAGGAUACUACGCUUGCAAACGUGUGCCCGUUGGUGACGACCAUGAAUGGCUCGAAAAGGUUCUCGGAGAAGUGCAGCUGUUGCAACACCUCUCUCACCAAAACUUGGUUUCUUAUCGCCACGUCUGGCUUGAGAAUGUCAAGAUCAGUACUUUUGGCCCCAGUGUGCCAUGCGCAUUCAUUCUUCAACAGUACUGUAAUGCUGGUGACCUUCACAAAUACGUUUGUGGCCAAGUGCAGACGUCAGUUACAACCCAGCAAUUGAAGGAGCGUCUCAGAAGAAGAUCAAAGGGGGAACCGGAACCUCGGAAUGACCUGGCAGGCCCUCGAAGACUUCAACUAGAAGAGAUCUACUCUUUUUUCAAGGAUAUUACCUCGGGGCUACGUUAUCUCCACGCGAAUGGCUAUAUCCACCGUGAUUUGAAGCCUAGCAACUGUCUGCUACACCAAACUAGCGAUGGGAUACGAGUGUUGGUGAGCGAUUUUGGAGAAGUGCAAUCUCAAGACUCCAUACGCAAAUCUACAGGCUCAACAGGCACUGUUUCAUACUGUGCGCCUGAGGUUCUACAACCAGCCUAUCCAGACGGCCCUCUUGGGAACUUUACGUUUAAAUCAGAUAUCUUCUCAUUGGGCAUGAUCUUGUAUUUUCUGUGUUUUGCGCAGCUACCAUACCACAACGCUGACAUAAUAGAAGAAGAAAAUGAGGAUCUUGAGAAGCUCCGUGAAGAGAUUGCUAAUUGGAAUGGGCUUGAUGAUGUGUAUUCGAUCAGAGCUGAUUUACCUGAGAAACUCUAUGCGUUCUUGCAGCAGCUAUUGUCUAUUGAUCCUAGUCAGCGACCGUCUGCGGAUGAUGUUUUGAAUGGCAUUCAAGCUGGAGUCAAUGGAAAUGAAAACUUUCAUUUCAAGAGAUCUAAUUCAGUUGGGUCCGACUUACACUCAAGUUCUCGAGUGAAGUUUUAUGAAGGUUCAACAUCUCCAAGUGUCUCUCGACCGCCGCUUUCUCCUGCCACCACGCGCCUUUCCCGGAGUCCGGUAGCCUUGCGGCGCGGCUCGAUAUUUGACACGAAUGGUGCUAGAGCAAGCCAAACCCCUACAGAUGGCGAAAUCUCAGGAAUAAGCUAUGCUGUUCCUCCCGAACGGAAUUUGAUCGUACGUCGUGGAUUUUCUAAAACACCGCCGCUCUCAUCUGCUCGUGGAGAACACCGCGAUGAACGGCAAUUUGAAAAUGGUAAUGUCGAGCGGCAGCAACCGUUGCUCCCACUCCCUCCUUCAAAUCAAACUCCCGUUGGUGUCAGAAGAGCUAUUUCCGUCUGGGUCCCUUCUUUGCCUCUUAUGCAGCUAGGGUUAUUUCUCCUCAAAGUGGUCUCGUCCCUUCAGCCUUGCGCUCCUCUAGCAACUAAUCCAUGGAUCUUAUACCCGUUGCUUCUCUUGGCUGCGGUGAAUGUUCGGACGCGCAGUAUCAAGAUACAGGUUAUCGCCCUUUCUGUGCAUCUUCUUACAGUUGGUAUUAGUAUCAGAUUAGGUGUCUUGUGUACCUGGAAUCACCCAAGGACUACUGCAUACGGUAUUUAGUUUUCGGAACCCAAUGAAUAGGUUAUCCGGUUAACUGGCACACCAAGCGCUACAUUUUGUAGCUUUAUUUUGAUGAAACUAGGACCAGAGAACGACAGUUGACUUGUAAACUAUAUAUAUUACGGCGUCCUGUUUUCUAUUUAUCCUCGGGGAUUUGCACUCUGAGCACUAUAUAUCCCAAGCCUGCUUACCCCCUGAACGGCGACUGCACUGUCUAUAAUACCCUUCAAGCUAAACUUUUGCAUGCCACUCAUGACCCUUCAUCUACUGGGUUCUCCAAAACCUGGUUCUCUUCUUCUGUCACUACGUGAAUGUCGAGGGUGAAACGAAACUGCAACCUUAUAAUCUGGGCUACUUGUACGUAGGUACCCAACUCGAAAGAGCAAGCACAGUACAUACAGGGUGAAGUGCCAAAGAUGCAGCCAGAUAGCCC